AUGGCGAGCCAACACUCGCCAACACCAGUCAAAGUUCCCGCUGCAGCGGCCAAUUACACCCCAGCCACACUCGACCAAGACCUCAGAUCGCAAAUCAACUCUCUUUUGAUUAAAGAAGGCCAUGUAGCCAAAAUCCAGGAGCACCUCCUCCAUCACCUGCAUGCCCACCCUUCCAACUGGCCUACUGUCGUGCAGAACCACGCCCUCUCCCUGCUCCGUUCAGGAGAGGUCACAAGCUUCCCUGCCCUGCUACGGCGCGUGGUUGAAGAUGUUCGUCAGGACACAGCACUAGCCCCCUCAUCAACGACCGCCAAUGGCAACGGUGAGUCAACAACCACGAACGGAGCUACCAACGGCAAGGGCGCUACAACGAACGGCAACAAGGGCGGCGUCGCUGAUCUGAAGCCCAGCUUGGCGGUUCCUCAAUCGGUGGUUGAGGAGGCACUGAAGGUGACAAGGGAGUGUCUUGAUCAGUUGUGUGAAAUUGAGGAGCCUCUUGCGGCAUGA